AUGGUCUCUACUGACACACACCUCUCCCCUGUAAAUCCUCCUUAUAACCUAACGGAAAGCCAACCUGAGUUAAACCUGACGUCAAAGACUAGCCGCUUAGACGGGUCAGGACCGCCCCUUUCUGAAGACUUGCAAGUGAGGCGGAAUGGGAUUCAUGCAGAGAGGCUAGAGUGGAAUACUUUGCUACAUCUAGAGGUCCAGUCCCCUGGGUCAUUUGAUAUCUCUAGUCUGAGUUCCGUUCAACAAGCCAGUUCUGUUAGAUCGCUUACAGUCCCCGUAGUGUCCAGUAGCUGUCUCUUUUUCUUACCGGCAAGCGGCUUGAAAAAAAAGUUAAGAUAUCUCCAUCCGGUGGGAGUUGCUAUCCAUAUAGUUCAAUGGCAGUUCUACUUGCAGCCAUUGAGAGUUAUCUUGCAUCCGCUUUCCAUCCAGCAGAGUCAGGGGCAAAAGGAUCUGACGCAAGUUGGAGCUAAGGAUCGACAGAAAGCUAGGGUUUUUCGUGCUUAUCCCUUCUUAUCCGGAACUAAGGAGAAAUCUGUGCGAAGGCUUUCUGUGGGUAAGGCAAAGGUAGAUGUAAGAUUGCGAUAUGUGUCUUACCUUGACUUUGGGCAUCAAGAGUGCUCCAGUAGCAUUGGUGGAACAAUCGAAAGACCAUUAUGA